AUGAAGAAAUUGUUGCGUAUUGAAAACAUUCUUAAACGCUUUUUACACUUAGAAAACAUCUCAGAUUUACAUUUUUUUUUAACUACCCCCUUCAACCCCUCUCUAUUCACCACCGCCUUUAUUUUUGAUUGGCAGUAUCAUCCAGACAGACAAAGUGCAGAUGCGCCAGCAGGAGCAGUGGAGGAGUGUGUACAGAAGUUCAUCGAGAUUGAGCAGGCGUGGAAAAUUCUAGGGAACGAGGAGACCAAAAAGGAGUAUGACCUGCUGCGACAUGAAGAUCAUCUAAGAAAUAUGGGACCAGUAGAUGCUCAAGUAUAUCUUGAAGAAAUGUCUUGGAAUGAAGAUGAUCACUCUUUUUCUCUGAGUUGCCGAUGUGGUGGAAAAUACCGUGUUUCCAAGGACGAAGCAGAAGAAGUUACCCUGAUUUCUUGUGAUACAUGUUCACUAAUUAUAGAACUCCUUCAUUAUAGCUGAAAUUGUUCACUAAAUGGAAGCCUUUAACUGUAUAUUCAGACACAUAGAGGAGAGUUCAUUCCAACUUUGUCCUUUCAAGCAAAUGUAUAAAGCUGAAAAAAAAGAGGUAGGAUUCUUUUUUUGUCAGCUCUGUUAUUUGCAGAGAAAAUAGAAGGUGGUCGAGCAAAGGCCACCCCAGACUAAUAGAAAACUAAUUUAGUUAUUUAUAUGUAUUUAUGUUUACAGAUCACCAAAUAAGGGGACUUGAAUUAUAAAUUAUAUUUAGUGAAUUCCCAUCUGAGAGCUUUAUUAUUGGUUCAUUUUCUCCUUGGUACAA